AUCAUUGUCAUGUCGGCCACAAUCGAUCCCACUCCUUUCCUGAACUUUCUCGGUCCCGAUCGAACCCGUGUCAUCUAUAUUGAGGGACGACCCCAUCCGAUCCGAGUUCUAAACAUGUCCGACCCGGCUACGGAUUACGUGGCAGAUGCAGCCACUACUUGUAUCCAAGCGAUUGGAAACGCCCCCACCUGA